GGGACUACAACGUUUCCGCAUCGCUCCACCUCGCAUCUAAGUUGGUUAUAGCCAUGGAAGCAGAGGUAUGGCAGGCACUGCAGAAAUCAGUCUCAAGUAAGCCCGCAGAUUCGGUAUGCUGGAUGGAGCUUUGCUCGGAGCCAAGCUCCAUGAGCCCAGAACUCACGGAAGAAGCCAACCAAGUUCGCGUCUACACCCCGCCUGUUGGCGACCAGCUGAUGGCACUGGACCCGACUGCACCACGUGUGAAGGUCCUGGCUCCGGGCUGCGAGCUGCGCCUCAUCGUGGAUGACGACAAGCACGCCAGGGUGAAGCUGCUGCCUGAGCAGGUGCCCAACCCACGGCCUGGUCAGCCGGCCGAGACGAGUGCAGAGAUUUUUGGGGCGGAAUUGGUGCCUGGACAGGACUAUCCUUUGUUGGGCGGAUCCCGCACAGCCAUUUACACAUGGCAUGGCUGCAAGGUGCAGGUUUCUGGCCCCACUGUACAGGAGUACGACGCCCCAAAUGUGGUGAUGCGCGACUACUUGUGCUGUGCAGCAGUGCUCGAGCAGCGCCGCAUGCGAGCCGACGAUCUCGGGCUUCCUGCCCCUAGAGUUUUAGUGUGUGGGAGUGCCUUCUCCGGGAAAAGCUCCCUCUGUCAGAUUCUCUGCAACUAUGCGUUGAGACGGGAGCACACUCCGGUCUUCGUCGAGCUAGACACCCGCUACUCCAGCAUUCGCCAGUUGCAGAGCGUCCCGGCUUGCGUCACAGCCAUGACGGUGGAGCACGCUUCUGACGAGGAGCCCAUGAAUCGUAUCGCCUACUUCUAUGGUCAUCUGGAGUGGAGUGCGAACCCGGAGUGGUAUCAGCGGGUGGUGUCUCAUCUCAGUCGUGUGGUUUCGGCGAAGCUGUCGCAUGCCAGCUCCAGAGAGGGUGCUCGCACGAGCUCCUCGGGGUUAGUCGUCAAUGCGCCUUUCCAACCCACUCCGGAACUUUUACACAAGAUCAUCGAGAUGUUUGAGAUCGAUGUCGUCCUGGUCCUGGACAGCGAAGCCCUUCACGCUGCCCUUUGCAGGAUGUUUGCGGGCUGUCCAAAGAUCAACGGCGUGCCCAAGGUUGAGGUGGUUCUGCUUCCAAAGGCUGGAGGGGUGGUGCAAGCCGCUUCGAAGCGGAUCCGCUUCAUGCGGGCUCUGAGAGUUCGGGACUACUUCCACGGCGUGAUGAGGGACUUUAGCCCCUUCUCUGUCCUGGUUGACCUCGGUGAUGUACAGCUCGUGCAGAUCGAGACGGCGACACUUUCUGCCUCCAUGCUUCCACUCGGCAAGGAGUCGCAGAAGUCCGUGGACUUCAUUGUGAGUGCCCAAGUUCUCCGCCAGCCAGCGCCAAGUCGACAUGUGCCGUGUUUCUGCUCGCGACAGCAGUAUUGCACUGAAGGCUCACCAGCCAUGCCGAAGCAUGAUGUCAAGAGCUGCAGCAGCCUGCGCACUGAAAACCCGCCACAGCACAGGAAGGCAGGAAGACCGAAGCCUUGGCUCGACUGA